CUAGCACCAGCUCCUGGCUGGAAGAGACCUAGACAGAGGCCGCCCUCGGUCAUCCUAGGCCCAACAACUUGGCCGGCCGAGCGAAAUCGCCCACAUGUGGCGUGAGGCUGUAGGACGUGGACACAUGAAAUCGGCGCGAUGGACCCUUGCUGCCUCUGCGGGUUGAUUGAUUGAUUGUCUUUUUAUGAUUUUGUUUGAAUGUGUCUUUCAAAGGAAGUUCUACAAACAACUCAUUCAUGCAGUCUAUGCCUGUACAGCAGCCGAUGAAGACGAUGUCACAGAUUGGAAUCUCUGUGGAACCCCUUCACGUUAUCCAGCAUCAGAUACCAGCAGAAACUACCCAGGAAGUUCUACAAACAACUCAUUCAUGCAGUCUAUGCCUGUACAGCAGCCGAUGAAGACGAUGUCACAGAUUGGAAUCUCUGUGGAACCCCUUCACGUUAUCCAGCAUCAGAUACCAGCAGAAACUACCCAGACGUCGACUUUAACCAGCUUCUCAGAGUUCUCCAUGAAGAUGUUGGAGAACUUCUACAACUACGCCUCGUCGUUCGGAAUAAACCAGUCGCAGAUGACACCCCAGCCAAACAUCAGCUGGAUCCCCAUGACGGUCCUAGAUAAAUGGUUUCAGAACUUCAAGAAAAAAAUGGCGCAGGAUCAGAACUUUUGGAGGAAGUAACUGUACUUGUGUAAUUUUUGUAUUUUAACAAUUUUAAGAUUUGGGUACUUUUUGUAACACAAAACAUAAUGUCCACAGA